AUGCCUCUCUCUAUAUUUAAAGAAAGACCAGGAGUGAUUGAGGGAUCCGACCACAUCACGUCACCAGGAAUCAAGUUGGGACCUUCUCAUGGAGCAUUACUACGGCUCUUCUUUCUCUUUGAUGAUUCUCUAUGGGAAGGUCCCAACUUGAUUCCUAGUGAUGUGAUGUGGUUGAUUCCUCAAUUACUCUUGUUGAUUAUUAGAUCGCAUGAAGGCUCUGCACGGGAAAAUAGGACAUUACUGAUUACAAACUUCUUUGUUGGUGGGAUGAGAUUUGCGAGGCUGUACCCUAGGUUCACCAUUUCCUCCUCAGAGGGAUGGAAUCUGAACUUGGGCAGCAGAUCAAGCACCGAUUCUUCUGUUGUUGUGCUCGUCCGUUCAACUGUUUUGGAAUAUAAGGUAAUCAAAUGCUUUUCCUUCAGAGAAGAAGCAGCAGAGAGCAGUGAAGUUAUAUUUACAAACGAACUCACCAGCUACUUGGCUUUUUUUGACUUGUUUUUUAUCCCAAAGAUUCCCAAGUCUCCAUGA